UCAAUAUUAAAAUAUGCUCUAUUAGAAGCUGAAACGGUAGUAAAAUGGUAGUACUCCGACCUUCUGGUUUUCUUGGUGGAUUAAUUUUGGUUUCUUGACAUGGAGGAUUAGCUAGACAGCUGGUAAAUGAUCGUUAAAUAUCCGCACCUCUGCGGCUAGCAUCUGAUCAUUUACAAAGAUUCUUCCAUCUACUUCUGGGAUAUACAUUUGGAUCAUUGUGUCAUGUAUAGUACGUAUCUCACGUUCAUAUUAGUACAUUCGUGAUUUAUGAUAGAUUUUUCAAGCCUCAUUACUUUUCCAUUAAGAUUCUUUACCAACAUGUUAGGUUCGAAUCGGAAGGUCAGGUCUGCUGCCAUUUUUAUAUUCUAUGCUUACAUCAGUGUGCAUACUUCUUGAAACAAAAUUAUUGUUUUAAUUUGAGAGAGUGUAGCAUAAUUGACGUUGUUUGUUGCAUGUUUAAUUGUCUUUCUUAUCAUAUAGUGAUUCCAGAAAUUUUUCGAUAUUCCAAUUGCAGUGUGGUACAGUUAGUUGCAACGGUUGAAAAUGUCGUCAGAUGUGUAGAAAUGAUAAUUGCGCGAAUCGAUGAGGUGCACGACAAUCAGGACCGCGAUUCAGAACUGAAAGUACUGGUACAUCAAUCUCAUGCAGGUGCUGUCAUUGGUCGUGGAGGAAGUCGCAUCAAGGAGUUACGUGAGGAAAACGGCGUUGAUCUCAAGGUGUAUUCAGAAUGUUGUCCUCAAUCGACGGAACGUAUUAUCCAGAUUAAUGGGAAACCAGAAAAAAUUGUGGCUUGCUUGGUUACAAUUAUCAGUACGCUGAAAGAAAUUCCAAUUAAAGGACCUUCACGUCCAUAUGAAUCGAUUUUUUUUGAUCCAGUGGUUGCAAAUGAAUACGGAGGUUAUGCUGGCGAUCAUGGUGGACGCGGAAUGAGAGGAUACGGCCCACGAAGUCGAAUUCCUUUGCCACCUUAUGGGCCAGUACCACCUGCAUACGAUGAUGGACCUCUAGAAACGGCACAGGUGACUGUGCCAAAUGAGUUGGGCGGUACAAUCAUCGGUCGAGGUGGUGAGCGUAUUCGGCGUAUUCGCGAUGAAUCGGGUGCACAUAUCAAAAUCGAGGAGGAAGACCCAAACGGUGAAAGGAUUAUUACUAUAUCAGGCACACCAAGUCAGAUUGAAAUGGCUCAAUUUCUGCUUCAACAAUGCGUUCGAUCUUCAGCUGCUGGACGCAAAUAUUUGAGCGCUGGCUAAUGCUUUUAGAUUGAAGGUUCCGUGAUCUUCCCGCUUUUCAAACAGUUUAAUUUUUUCCAGCCAUUUUUAGGAAUUUUGUCAAAUUGAACUUAAUUUGUAUAUUUUUUUGUUUCAGUGGUAUUACUUAUGUCAACCUAUGGAAAUGCCCGAUUUCUAUAUUUCUAAUAAAUUUUCCAAUUUUUGUCUUCUAAGUGUUAAAUGUUUC